AUGAUCAUCAUCACCACCACCAAUGUGGUUCUUGCUCAAUCCAACUCCAGUACUCCAUUAACCUUUACACUUGGUCAAGUAAAAACCGUGCGUACAACUUGGCCCUCCACCACACAAGAUAUCAUGGAUGGUGGCAAAUGGAUUGAAUAUGGCAUCUAUGUGGCUAUCAUGGCAGUCAUACCCUUAAUAUUGGGUUUAUUUGGAUAUAUGGCAGGAAUUAUCUUUUACUUAUUUCGAUGUUGUGGUGUGUGUGGUGGUCGUAAACCAGACAUUACCUAUCAAAGAAAACAUCUAGUCAUUCCAACUACCAUACUCGUAUUAUUGUAUUGUGGUUUCAUUGCAUUGGCAGCCGUAGGUAUUGGUUUCAGUGCACAAGGAUCAGCCAACAUUCGAACAACAUUCACAGCGACUUUAUCCUUUGUGAGUGACGCCAACAGUACGGUAAUGAAAGUGACCACGAUUGGAGAUACCAUCACUUCCAAGUUAUCUACAUUGCCAGAUAAACUUGAUCCACUUUUGAAUCAGGCCACACAGGUAGUCUCACCUCUUGGAACCAUUUCAUCCAUUAUUUCCUCCACGACUACACAAUUGCAAACAUUCAACUCGACUAAUAUUAUCACCAUGAAUGCAAGAGUUGCCUCUAUUAAUUCCAAUCUCAAUACUCUGCGAGCCAACUUUUCUGGAGUUCCAACAACCUCUGAUAUUCCAGACAUUUAUUCUCUUGUCACACCUGCCGUCAAUAGUGGAGUUUCUGCAUUGCAAAGUGCCAAUGCUACCAUUGCAACUGCUCAAUCCGAUGUCGUGAAAAACAUUGCAAAUAUUAAGCAGCAAAUCAAUUCAACUCUCUCCACGCAGUUGACACCUGCCAUUGGUCCUGCAUUGGAUGGAAUUAAGGUACAAGUGAAUCAAAUUCAGAGUCAAAUUGCUCCCUAUUUGAAUCAACAAGUACUCAAAGAUGCUUCCACCUAUUCAUCACUAGCAGAGAAUAUUCGAAUUGCUUUGAGUGUUAUUUUCUUUGGUUGGUGUUGCAUGAUUUAUGUGUUUGCAUUCUUGGGAGUCAUUUUCAGAAAGGCAUGCUGUGUGCAAACCACUACUGUAUUGGCCUUUCUCAGUACAUGGGUCUUCUUUUUGUUUGCCAUUAUACAAAUUCCUGCCUACAUUCUCAUCACUGAUACGUGCACACAAGGGCCAAAGACGUUGAGCCUGGUGGGCGAUCAACUCAUUGGUCAACUCAACAUGACGAUCAAAUUCCAGAACGUUUCCUCCAUUAUGAACAGCAUUGCAACAUGUGGCAAAAAUGACUCACUCUUGACUGCUGUGCUUGGAAAGAACUAUUUGACAAGCUUGGGUAUUGAUAGUCAAUUGUCCAGCAUGACCAGUACCUUCCAGUCACAAAUUAGCUCUUUUGAUAUUUCUUCCUUGACUACCACUGCCAAAAACUCGGUCAAGAAUGCCAAUAUUUCUUCCAUCAAGACCGACUACUCGGCAGAUAUCAUGAGUGCCAAGACUAAAUUGGCCAAUGCCACAUCUUCGUUGGGAAGCUUGGAUGGUUUCAGUGGUUUCAAUCAAACUUUGUAUAAUGUUGCCAUUGACAAUUUGAAUGCAUUCACAUAUUCACGUACUGGAAAAUUGUACAGUUACUACAAUUACACCCUCUUUGAUCCUUCCACAUUACCAAAUCCAGACAAUACACAAGGUCAAAACUUGAAAGAUGCUGUCGCUUAUCAGAACAAUACCUAUACUACAGCCUAUAAUGAUGUUGUCAAAUUCAACAACUCUGUGAAUGCUAUUAAUGCAGGUAUGAAUGGCCUCUUGUCCGAUUUCUCAGCUGCCAGUUCGGUGAUGGCCUCACUUUCCACUCUCUCAUCGAGCAUUAUUACACAAAUUGACUUGCUUGCAACCAAUGUUCAGACCUUUAUUGCAAAUUUUCCCAAUGAUGCCAUGACUUUUAUACUUUCUGUGGCCACAGAUUUGGUCAAUUCUUUGACUUCUGACAUUGCACAAUGCACCUUUAUGAGCUCAUUCAUUCAGACCAUGGGAACAAAUGUUUGUCAAGGAAUUAAUUUGCAAUUAUUGAUUUCUGGUGUGGUGUGUUUGGCCAUUGGUCUCUUGAUGAAUGUUGGAUGUUUCACAACUCUGGUGCUUGCAAAGAGAGUCAAGUAUCAAUCCAACCACAGAGUUCAUCCUAGAGUGGAUUAA